GCCCCGAGCCCGCCGGCGCUCCCCAUGCCCGUGUGGUGCUGCCGCUGCUCCUUGGCCGGUCACUUCAGAAGUUACAGUGGCCCUGAAACUGAAGGACAGCUUUUGAAUUCCUUCGUCCAGUAUUUUGGUGAUAGCCUUGGGAGGAAGAUUAAAAGAAUGCCUUUAAUUGAAGAAACUGUUCUGCCUGGGGACUCCCUCCUUACUCUGCCUGUAGUAAUAAUAGGAAAUGGACCUUCGGGAAUUUGUCUUUCUUACCUGCUGUCUGGAUACAGGCCAUAUUUAUCUCCUGAAGCUAUACACCCAAACCCCAUUCUGCAUACGAAAUUAGAAGAAGCUCGACAUCUUUCCAUUGUUGAUCAAGAUCUGGAGUACCUGUCUGAAGGCCUCGAAGGACGCUCUUCAAACCCAGUUGCAGUGCUUUUCGAUACGUUGCUUCAUCCUGAUGCUGACUUUGGGUAUGACUACCCGCCGGUUUUGCACUGGAAGCUAGAACAACAUAAUUAUAUUCCCCAUAUAGUGCUUGGUAAAGGACCACCUGGUGGGGCUUGGCAUUCCAUGGAAGGCUCUAUGCUAACAAUCAGUUUUGGAGACUGGAUGGAAUUGCCUGGCCUCACCUUUAAGGAGUGGGCAGCUAGCAAACGCAGAAAUAUAAAGAGUGAUCGAGUAAUGCCAGAGGAAAUAGCUUGUUAUUAUAAACACUAUGUUAAAGUCAUGGGCCUCCAAAAGAAUUUCAGAGACAACGUUUACAUAACAUCAGUAUCCAGGCUUUACCGAGGAAAGGAUGAUGAAAAUAGAAGUCAACUAAAUGAAGAUAUUUCAACACAGCAUUUGGAAAUGGAAGAUGGACAGAAAUCACUGAUUAAGAGAAACUGGGAAGUCAGAGGUUAUCAGCGAGCAACAGAUGGUUCUCAUGUGCCCUUCUGCCUGUUUGCUGAGAAUGUGGCUCUUGCCACAGGAACCUUUGAUUCUCCUGGCCGACUACAAGUUGAAGGAGAAGACUUUCCUUUUGUGCUUCAUUCCAUGUCUGACUUCGGAGCUGCUAUCAGCAAAGGAAAGUUACGUGGGAAGGCAGACCCUGUGUUAAUUGUGGGUGCUGGACUUACAGCAGCUGAUGCAGUACUGUGUGCCUACAACAACAACAUCCCAGUAAUCCAUGUGUUUCGUAGAAGAGUUACCGAUACAAGUCUAAUUUUCAAACAGUUACCUAAAAAACUUUACCCUGAAUACCAUAAGGUCUAUCAUAUGAUGUGUACUCAGUCCCAUACUGUGGACUCUAAUCUACAUUCUGCUUACACUAGUUUCCCUGAACACAAUGUACUUUCCUUCAAGCCUGAAAUGAAAUGUGUUCUUCAGAAUGCCUCCGGACUGAAGAAAAUUUUGAAGUUUUCUGUAGCCUUAGUUCUGAUAGGUUCCCACCCAAAUCUUUUCUUUCUAAAGGACCAAGGACAUAGCAUAGGUCAUCACUCUAAUCAGCCCAUCACAUGCAAGGGGAAUCCUAUAGAGAUUGAUCCAUACACUUACGAAUGCACUAAAGAAGCUAACCUCUUUGCUUUAGGUCCUCUGGUGGGAGACAAUUUUGUACGGUUUUUAAAAGGAGGUGCAUUGGGCAUUGCACGAUGCUUGGCAAUAAGACAAAAGAAGAAACAUGAAUUGAUUGAAAGUGGGGAUGGAGGAGGUGAUGGGGUACCAUAAAUGAAACAUUAGAAACUUUCACAUGCAGAAUUACAGACGUAGUCUAACAGAACACUCACUGACAGCGAAAGUUGAUAGCAGUCACAUUUCUGUUGUAUACAAGUAACCUGCGCUUGUAUUGCUUGGUAAAGGAUGCUGAUACUACAAUACUUCACCUUUUCAAAAUACAAAAAAUUGAUCUGCUAUUACAACUGAUCUCUACUCAACUGGAAUUACUUCCAGAUAAACAGAAAAUGAGACUAACUUGCAUUGACCUGCCUGUCAUCUCUUGCUCAGCUACAAGAGCAGACUUCCUCUGGGAAAAGCAAUGCCUACCAGAGUGGCUUUACAUUGUAGUGUCAAAUGUGACAAAAUAUUCUUACCAUGAAAUUAAAAUAACUUCUAAAAGCAGAAAGCUUGCUUAGUACAAAGUGAUUCUUGGUCCCAAAGCAAAUUUGGAGCCUUCUGCUUGAAACAAGGAUUUUAUUUAUUUGCCAUAGUAAUACAGUAAUACUUGGAAUGAGCACUUAGUAAAAUGGUUUUUACUAUAAGAAUUAUUUCUGUAAGCAAGAAGUAUUCCUUAACAGUUAUAAAUUAUCCCAUUUGAUAAUUGGAAUAAAAGAAUAAGCAUUCCCAUUUAAUCUUUAACGCAUGAUUUGACGCAAUCCAUUAAUGUUUUUUCACACUAUGCCUAGAGUUGGGUGAGUGCAGAAAGACUAACAUGAGAUGUUCCCCUGCAGUGAUAUGUACAUUUCUGAGAAUAUUCAUUAACAUAAACAAUAAAGUACUGAUGUAAGUGCUCUUA